AUGACGAGCUUGCAGGCCAUCCGCUACUCGCGGGGCAAGCUCGAGGUCCUGGACCAGCUGAGGCUGCCGCAUGAGCACCACUACGAUGUCAUCUCGACAAGCGAGGAGGCCUUUGACUGCAUCAAGUCUAUGCGCGUUCGAGGUGCACCCGCCAUUGCCAUUGUCGCAAGUCUGGCGCAUGCCGUCGAGCUGGAGAAUGGCAGCUACACCGCGACCACCGCCGACGAAAUGAUUGCAUACAUCGACUCCCGCCUCGACUUCCUCAAAGAGAGCCGCCCCACGGCCGUCGACCUCUCCAACGCCAUCACCCUCCUCAAGCUGGCCGUGCGCGAGGCCCAGAUCAAGAGCCUCGACCACCCCGAAGCCCGCGCCGCCAUCACCAAGGCCUAUAUUGAGGCGGCCGAGAACAUUCUAGAGAAGGAUCUGCUCACAAAUCUGUCCAUCGGCGACUUUGGCGCAAACUGGCUCCAGGGCCAGCAUCAUGCCACCCCCGAGCGCAAGAUUUCCGUCCUGACGCACUGCAACACCGGCUCCCUUGCGACGUCCGGCCACGGCACCGCUCUGGGAAUCAUCCGUUCCCUGCACGAGCGCAACCUACUUCUCCACGCCUACUGCACCGAAACUCGCCCAUACAACCAGGGCAGCAGGCUUACCUCGUUCGAGCUCGUCUUUGAGGGCAUUCCGAGCACGCUCAUAACCGACUCGAUGGCGGCCGCGCUCUUCGCCCUCCAGAAGGAGCAGAUGAACAUUGGAGCGGUCAUUGUGGGCGCCGACAGAGUAGUGCGCAACGGAGACACGGCCAAUAAGGUGGGCACUUAUGCGCUGGCGGUCCUGGCGCGAUACCACGGUAUCAAGUUUGUUGUCGCAGCACCGACCACGAGCAUCGACCUCGAGACCGAGAGCGGGCGGGGAAUCAAGAUUGAGGAGCGCAAGCGCGAGGAGCUUACGCAAAUUGCCGGCGCCGUGGUCAAUCCGGACGGCAGCGUCGACACACAGAAGACCGCCAAGGUAGCCAUCGCGGACCAGCGAAUCAACGUCUGGAACCCAGCCUUUGAUGUGACGCCCUUUGAGUUGAUUGACGCCAUCGUCACCGAAAAGGGAACUGUGGUCAAGAGCAAGGACGGUGCUUUUGACUUCAGGGACGUGAUGCCUGAGAGGUGGGCCAAGAUGGUCGGUCAAUGA